CAUGGGGCAGAUGGUGCAAAGUCCAGGGUUCUGUCUUAUCACAUCUGGUCUGUUUGGAGAUCCAGAGGACUCUUCAAUUCCUCUACUGAUCCCCACAUUGAGCUUUAGGGGAAAUACCCCAAGUUGUGUCAUGAAAGAUCUCCAGAGACUGUCCCAGUACUGCUAAUGGAGCUGUUCUCAUCUUCUCUAGGGUCCACGAGGGAGAAGAGGAAGACCUCAACUCUGCCUCAGAGGUCCUCCAGGCAUGGAUGGGCAAAAAGGAGUAAUGGGUGAAAAUGGUCCAGCUGGUCAGAAAGGAGAAAAGGGAGAUCCUGGUCUUUCUGAGGAAGAGGUGAAGGAGGUGGUCAGGAGCGAAAUGAGAGGCCAAUGUGAUUGUGGAGAUGAGCUGGGAAGGAUGCUUGUGGAAAAGGGCCUGGAAGAAAUUGAACUCAAGAGGCAGCUUCAAGGGUAUUUUCAGCCUCAAAAACACCCUGGAAGGGAUGGUGAACACUGGGAGGAAAUGCCUAACAAAACCCAGAGCAUGACCACAUGGAUGACACCAUCAGAGUCCUUCCUGGAGACACCUUCUCUUACGACAGCAGCUUCCAGUGUGCAGCCAAUAAGAGGUCUUCCUCUGUACAAGCGCCGAGAAGCUCACGAUCAAUUACCAGCCCCCUGCCUACAGCCAAUGGACGAGGGCUCCUGUCGACACUACACCCUGCGCUGGUACUUCCACCCAGAAGCAAAAGUCUGUCGACCCUUCAUCUUUGGGGGAUGCCAAGGGAACAGCAACCGCUUUGAAACCAAAAGGAAGUGUGAACGGCUUUGCAAAAUCUCAGCAGUCAGAGGGAGGUGAUCAGCUGCAGUUGCCAUGCAUCAAUCAAAGAUAAAUGAAGCUGCAAGAAGUUUCUCUGGGACAUCUUGGAGACUUAACAAGCAAGACAAGCCAUUCAACAUGAAGAAGAAGCAAUGUUGGAAUACUUGUAAUUAUGAUCAGGAAACAAAAUGGUAUGAAGAGAGGGAAUCAUCUGAGUGCUCAGGAAAGCCCAGAGGCUCACAUCUGUACUCUUUGUCCUGCAGCAUGACUGUGCAAAUCCAGGUGACACCUACCAUGAGUUUAUUUUUGUAAAAUAAAAGUGUGUUAAUGCUGCUGA